AUCCUAGGGGUUUUCUGUUAUAUAGGGCCGACCAGUUGAGAGAUAUGUAGUGAGUAGAGAGGGGAGUCGAGCCGUACAGUGUAUGUAGGACUUUUAUACAGCAGGGGGGGCCGUGUAUGAUCUGGAGCUGAGGAGGCGGCGGGUUGGGCUGCUAUUCGCUCCGCACACAUGACGUGAGGUGGGCAGCGGAUGGAUUCAGAGCUGGGGCUCAGCGCGCUGCCAGUUCUAUCACAGUCUGUCAGCCAGGGGCAAGUGGAACGUUCUGUCAGCGCCGGGGAGAUGUAACGGUGUGGCACCCUGAGCCAAGGAGCAAUGUCAGUUAAUAUUUUACUGCUGGGAAAUGAACGGGAUCAAUUCUCUGACGAUAACGAGCACCAGAGCCUGGCAUCCUUCUAUCUCCAUAGAAGAGCUAAUAGAUCACUUAUACAGGAGAACCAGCCAGGACUCAAGGUUUACCAGGCCGAUGUGUUUGGGAAUAUUCAGGUUGUUCUCCAUGAGUUCCCUAGUUCGGAUGUACUGAGAGUGGAUCUGCAAACAUCUCAACGUGUAGCGAGUGAAGCUGAUAUCAUCAUUGUCAAAUACUCUGUCAAUGCAAAGAAUUCCUACCUAGAUGUAAAGGACAACUUUGUUCCCUUGAUAAGACAAAUAUUCAGUCAUUGUACUGUACCAGUGAUCGUUGCAGCAGUCGGAUCAAGAAUAAAUGAGGGUCCACCCUGUUCUUGCCCACUGUGCACCUCUGAUAGAGGGAUUUGUGUUACUGCCUCAGAAGGAAUACAGCUUGCCAAAGAUCUAGCAGCAACCUAUAUGGAACUGCAUGCGCUCAAUGACUUCUAUGUUGGAAGCUAUUUCGGAGGAGUGUUGGAAUAUUUCAUAAUUCAAACUCUGAACACAAAGACAUCUGCAAAAAGCAAGAAAAAGAAGAACAAUCAGUUCCUUAAAGUUAAACCCCCAAAUCUUGAACAGCCAGAAAAAAUGCCCGUUUUACAAGAUGAUCCUUCGCAAUACGAAUCUGAUUUUCAAGGCUUGCUGGUACAUGGGCAAUGUGCGGAUGUGAUAUUCUGUACCUCAAGCCUGGAACAUUUGCUGGAAGCUCACAGAAUCGUGUUGUGCAGUGUAAGUGAUGUGUUCAUGCUGCUGUUCGGAGGGAAGUCUGCCUAUGAAGUCCAUGACUCCUGUGUUCUGAAGACGACGAGCAACCUCUUUGCCGUGUGCAGGGAUGUGUCGGUUACAGCAGAGUAUUCCCCUGUAAGGGUCAUUGUCAAAGACUCUCUCCUCUGUUCAUGUUUAUCAGACAUUCUCCACUUCAUUUACUCAGGUGCUUAUCAAUGGCAUCUUCUUAAACAGCAGCUUAGAAAAAAGAUAGAGGAUCCUGAAGAUGUUGCACGUGUUCUUCACAGAGUUCGGUGUAUCCUGAAAAAACCAGGCAAGGAAGCAGAUGUCUCCUACUACACAGAGCCGUGGCAGUUCUGCAGUGCACUUGGCAGGUUUUUUAACACUCCUUUGUUAGCGGAUGUCGUUUUUCAAGUUCAAGAUAUUACCAUACCUGCUCACCGGGCAGUAUUAGUUGCACGCUGUGAGGUUAUGGCUGCCAUGUUUAGUGGUAGCUAUGCGGAAGCAAAGAGCUUUUUGAUACCAAUUUAUGGCAUAUCUAAGGACACUUUCCUAUGCUUUCUUGAAUAUCUUUACUCUGACUGCUGCUGUCCUGCGAGUAUCCUGCAAGCCAUGUCACUGCUUGUUUGCUCUGAGAUGUACCAGGUCUACAGGCUCCAACAUCUGUGUGAACAUUACAUUAUCAGUCAACUCCAGAGCAUGCCUAGCCGAGAGCUGGCCACCACAAGCAUGAGUGUUGUCAGUCUCAUUAGAAAAGCCAAGUUUCAUAACUCAGAACAUCUUGCUACUUGGUUGCUUCAUUUUAUGGCUUUAAACUAUCUCAUCUUCAGCCAGAAAUCAGACUUCCAAGACCUUUCAGAGGAAAGGGAUUUUGUAGAGACGCAUCGUUGGCCCUCCAGCAUUUACUUGAAGCAGCUUGCAGAAUACAGGCAAUACAUCCACUCCCAAAAGUACAGAUGUUCCUUGAUGUAACCAAGGAAUUUGACUAAACUACUUGUAUGCUAUAUUAAGGUAUUAUGAAUGCACUGAUGAUCUGUAGUAGAGAGCAGUACCGAACUUAACAUUACAAAAUAAAUACCAGGUAAUGAUGGAUGAAGGCACAGGGGCAUGACUUAAGUACCUUGAUUCCCAUGUGCAUUAGUCACCCCUUCUGAUCCAAGCUGUCAUGGGCAGGCAGGAGGGUGUUAAUCUAUUAAAAAACAAUGCACGCAAACCUUAUUUUCAGUAUAUUCUCUAUAACUGGCUAAUGUCAUCAUUGCUGUAUAUAUGAAAUGUUUUCACAUUCUUAUGGUUUUAUUACUGACAAAAAAAAAAAUCUAAAAAAAAUGUAAUAAUGUAAAUAAACACAAAAGACUGUACUCA